AUGGACGACGCGUCGCUAGACGGCCCAGCCACGCUGGAACGCGCUCUUCGGUUCGCGGCGCGGGCGGAGGACGAUGAACAGCUGCAGCAUACUCUCAUGCGCAGGGCCCCGAUUCAGGCGGCUCCUGGCGCCUGGAGAAGCGAAGGGCCAGUCUUGGGCCAGUCGAACGCCGAGCGCAUUCGCUACCGGUGCGGGGCGCGUCACAAGGCGAGGUCGAAGAAGUGCAAGUACUAUGGGAUGGCGGCCGGUGAGGAGCCGGAGGUGCCGAGGGACGACACCGACUGGCGAGACUGGGAGCAGGCGAGUGGUAUGUAG